CAAAAAAACAUUUGGGGAGCAGUUGUGGCCAUGGAGCCGCAGGAGGAGUUUUCACUCACUGUUUUCAAGUUUGCAGACGGACGCGUUCACGCGUCGUCUCCGGCUGUGGGACUUUGGAACUCCCAACUGCUACACCUGCCUGCCAAGCGGCGCUGAGGGGCGCGGCCGGGACCUCUGCCCGCAAAUCUGGGCUGCGACUUUACUUGGGCCACUAAAAAAAAAGUCACAACAAGGAGCGGAGAGGACUUUUUUUUUUUUGUUUUUUUUUCCCGCAGGAACAUCCCGGGGCUUCUUCACGCACGCUGCCCCCCACCCCGAAAGGAGUUCCACGCAGACGGGGGCACUUGAUUGACUCCGUUGGCUGGAGAUAAGAUGGGAUGGACGAGCUAACGAAACUGGCGGCCUUCUCAGGAGACUUGGCGAACGAACAGGUUGUGACGGAUUCCCUGACGUCCACCGGCAGACUGACAUCCCUCCCGCCAAAGGGAACCGGGGGAUCGAGUCACAGGAUCAUGGCCAGCAGCAGCGGCGCUGGAGGAGGAGGAGCCUUGGAGAAGAACAUCUUAACCCAGAAGAGCAGCACAACUUACUUCACUUCUUCUUCAGUGGGCGUGAGCAGCAGUAACUACAGCUCCUCCUCGGGGGUUUACCUUGGAGGAGACGCCAACGGCGUGGGCGACGGCGCCGGGAGCUACCCUGAUGGCGAGGGCUACGGCAGCGGCGGCGGCGGCGGAGUAGGAGGAGGAAGCAGCUACGUCGUCAGCUCGGUGACCAAGGUCAGCUCGUCGGGCAGCGGCGGAAAGAGAACGCAGGCCGCCUCCGCGGACAGGAAGCACGCAGCGUCCAGCCGCUCUGGAGGUUACGAGGGGAGUUCCAGUGCUAAUUCCUCCCCGGAAUUUUCCCGCAAAGACUACGGAAUCUAUUGCUCCGGCAACACCAGAGGGAGAAGCGAGAGCCGAGAGAGCGAGAUCCGCGCCCGGCUGCAAAGCGCCUCUCCCACGGCCGGCAGAUGGGCGGAGCUCGACGACGUGAAGAAGCUGCUGAAGGUUCGCUCCAGCAGCUCCAGCCCCGCCCGCGCCUCCAGCACCUCGGCCAUCAUGAGCGGCCCCAAGAAGGCCAGCGUGGAGACCCAGACCAUCUCUGUGACCUCUCGGGCCUCGCAAUCGGUGUUGACAUUUGGUUCCGGUGGCAGAUCGGAUGGCUUCCGCACCGUAGACUCGUCCGGCUUGCUCGAAACGGGUCUGACAGCCGGCCAGUUCUAUACGGGCGGCAAAACCAGCCAUUAUGAAGGCAGUCUCAAAUCGGGCCACUACAGUGACGCGGGGAGGUCAGACAUUGGCGUGAGGUCAGUCACGUAUGAAACAGGCGUGAGAUCUGGCCAGUACGGUACCGGUGCGAGAUCAUUAUCGUAUGAUACAGGGGUGUGGACAGGACAGUAUAACGGUAGCGCCAAAGCAGGACAGUACGAUACUGGCGUCAGAUCCCUGACGCAGAAUACUGGAGCCGUAUCCGCCCAGUAUAAUGGUAGUUUGAGGUCAGGCCAGUACGAUACUGGUGCCAUAUCAUCCCAGUAUGGCGGUAGUUUGAGGUCCGGUCAGUACGAUACUGGAGUGAGGUCAUCCCAGUACAGUAUCAGUCAGAAAUCCGCCAUCCACGACUCCGGCGUGAGGUCGACCCAGUACGACUCGGACGUCGCGCUUCCGGCCUUCCCGUGGUCCGUCGCCACUUUGCCCUCCGGCUCCGGGACCACCGUGGUGGCGGCGGGCACCGGCAGCAGUUACGCGUACCAGGCCGGCGCCAACAAUAUGUCGGGGGGAGCGACGCCCGUUGGCCUGGGCGCACCAUCCCUGUCAGUUUAUGGCUUUCAGAAUAAUUUGGCGCCCACUUCUGGCAGUGCAAUCACUACAAGCGGCACAAAUGCCAACAUGACAACUUAUGGAAUUCAGAAAAACGUGUCUGGUGUUGGCGGUGGUGUCGUUGGCACCGGAGUCUCUUCAACCACGAGAUCCCAAAACGAGGACGCGUACAAGGACUACAUGUUCGUGAAUUCAGACAAGGACAACGCCAGGGACACGGAAACGCUCAUUUUGGCCAAAGACAGCGGCAAGCAGUUCACCAGGACUGUAGGAGGAGGUUCCCUCUCGAGCGACUCCAUCCAGAAGGAGAAGCUCAUCACAAGCUACGGCGAAGGAGGUCAGCUCAAGGCAGGAACAGGAAACGCCUACUAUGGAUCCUCAGGAGUUCUAAUGAAAGACAAAGGCACACAUGCACAGCUUCGCAAGAAGGGUGGCGUCUGCGGCUGGUGUUGCUGUUUCGACGCCUGUUGCUCGUGGUGGAAGUGGCUGCUGGCAUUCCUGCUCCUCUUCUUGCUCCUGCUCGGUCUCCUCUUCGGCCUCAUUGCACUGGCCGAGGAUGUGAGAAAGCUGAACAAUCGCGUGGCCACUCUGGAGAGCGAGUCGGCCAUCAUCUCUGCUCGCACCAGUCGCCUCGUAGGUCUUGGCGGCAACACCUUCGUGGACGGUGGGGACCAGUCCAAAACGGACAUAUUCGUAUUUGGAGGAGGAGGCUCGGACUCCAGUUCUGGAACGCAAAUCGGAGUUGCUGCUGGUGCUGGGGGCGGUAGUUCUGCUGGGGGCGUGGGUGUCAGUGCUGGAGCUGGAGCUGGAGGUGCUGGUGACACCAGUGGUACCAGCAUGGGUGGAGGCACUGGAGCCAGUGGUACCAGUAUGGGUGGCGCUGGAACCAGUGGAACCAGCAUAGGUGGCGGUGGAACCAGUGGAACCAGCAUAGGUGGCGGUGGAACCAGUGGAACCAGCAUAGGUGGCGGUGGAGCUAGUGGAACCAGCGUAGCUGGCGGUGCUGGAGCCAGCGGAACCGGUGCAAGUGGUGGCGCAGGCACCAGCUUCGGUGGCGGCUCCAGUUCCGGUCGUACUACCAUCCUUACUGGUAGUACCCACACCAGUGGCGCCAGUGGCGGUGCUGCCGCUGGUGCCAGCGGAACCGGCUCCAGCGGCGGCGCAGGCACCAGCGGAACCAGCUUGGGCGGCGCCGGCAGCAUCGGCGGCGGCUCGUCUUCUAGCCACACCACCAGUUUCACCGGCACCUCCAGCGUGAGCCACAAUGGCGGUCAGGGCUUCUGGACCAGCGGGACCGGUGGUUACGUGGACGCCGCCGCUCUUCACAUGGCCAUCCAGCGCAUGGUGAGAGGGGAAAUGCAGUCGCAGGCAUUCCAAGCUUUUGUAACAGGCGCAAUGCAAGGAGAAAGAGGACUGCCUGGACCUAAAGGUGACAAUGGUCAACCCGGAUUUCCAGGUGCUCCUGGUCCCAUUGGGCAUGAGGGUCCUCAGGGUCCAAAGGGCCAGAAAGGAAGCCAUGGUGAACAUGGAAUGGAGGGUCCUCCUGGUUUGAGGGGGCGAGAAGGCCCUCCUGGACCCAGAGGUGAAGCAGGAUUUGGCACCAAAGGUGAAAAAGGUAAUUCUGGGGAACCUGGAGUCCCUGGUCAAAAAGGUGCUUCCGGGCUCCUUGGAGCACCAGGUCCUCAGGGUUUCCGCGGAGAAGCAGGGUCACCCGGUCUUAAAGGUGAUCGUGGUUUACCUGGUCUUCCCGGGCCGGCUGGAGAGAAAGGAUCAAAGGGAUCAACAGGACAAGAUGGGGCAAAAGGCUCAAGAGGUGAUCUUGGCAGUCCUGGCCACCCUGGACUUCGAGGUCCAGCUGGGCCGCCAGGAGAUGCUGGACCUCCAGGACUACCAGGCAAUCCAGGUCAAUCAGGCCAAAAAGGUGAUACAGGGGAAGCGGGCAGAAUUAUCAAUGCAGCCGGUGUCGCCACUGUACAUAUCCCUGGACCACCUGGGCCUCGCGGACCUCAGGGAGUAUCAGGUCCCGCUGGCCCAUCCGGUCCUGCAGGUCCUAAAGGUGACAGAGGAGAAUCAGGAUCAACAGUGAGGACGUCUGAGAGUUUCAGCUCGAGCGUAGCUGAGAGGCAGUUUGCUUCUGGUGGUGUGUCAUCCCCAGCCGGCCCACCGGGUCCACCUGGGCCACCUGGACCUCCAGGUCAGCCAGGUUACGGAAGACCAGGACCUAAAGGUGACAAAGGGGAUUCUGGUUUUACAUCCAGCUCUGGAACCUUCUAUACUGGGCCACCAGGACCACCAGGGCCUGCUGGGCAAAAAGGAUCCACAGGUUCUCCUGGACCAAGAGGCUACCAAGGUGAACCAGGACAACCCGGCUUGCCAGGAAGACCAGGAAGCUUGGAGAGAGUGUCCACCUAUACUGGAGAACACAGAGUGCAAGGACCCCCAGGACCACCAGGGCAUCCUGGACUGCCAGGACCACAGGGAGUCAAAGGUGACACUGGAGCUCCUGGAAUUCCCGGAUCUUCUCGAGGCUCAGUCACCGCAGGGACUCCCGGUCCUCCAGGGCCUCAAGGACCUCCCGGACCUCCUGGGUCCUUCUCUUCAUCCAUCGAGAUGCGCCAGUACUUGACGGACUACCUAAGUAGAAGCAGACAGUCUGGCGUUCCAGGACCUCCAGGUCCACCUGGACCUCCAGGACAACCCGGAACCUUCUCGGGUUCCAUAGAGGAGAUCUCCGCUCGUAUUGUAGCCUACUUGCGGCGUUCGGGCUCCAGCUCGGGCAUCAGCAUUGGUGUUCAGGGUCUUCCGGGACCACCUGGACCCCCUGGACCCGGAGGGGCCCUGACGGUCAGUGGUCUGAUUGCCAUGCUGCAGAGAGAAGAGGUGAGGAGAUACCUGUCAGGCCCACCGGGUCCUCAAGGACCACCCGGACCACCAGGAGGUCCGGGAGGGAUUUCUAGCAUUUACAGUAUCGAGGAGGUAGCAACAUAUGUCUUCAACAUAAUGAACGACAGAGGAAUCGCGAGAGGACCACCCGGACCACCAGGGCUCCCUGGGCCUCCAGGAGCUGGCGGCUCAGGCGGCACGGGCGGCACGGGCUAUUCAACUGUUUCAAUCGAUUACUCCGCGCUAGUUAGAAAUCCAGAGUUCCGUACAUGGAUAGGUUCUGCUGUGCACCAAGGUUCCCCAGGUCCUCCUGGUACUCCUGGUCAACCAGGAUCCCCCGGUCCUCAAGGGCCGCCUGGAGUAUCCACAACCACUGUGUUGGGGGCGGGCGGUCGCGGGUACAGCUUGGAGGAGCUUCAGCGUAACCUGCAGGGCUCUGGCCUCAGAGGUCUUCCAGGCCCUCCCGGACCUCCAGGCCCUCAAGGACCACCCGGUAGCUCCGGUGGUACCGUUUCUUACAGCGGAACCUUCCCCCGGGACACCAUCCGUACUGAAGUUCACGACUACCUGACUACCGAUAGCGUUCGACGCGCCUUCAUUGGACCCCCAGGCCCUCCGGGGCCGAGGGGCCACAAGGGAGAUCGUGGCGAGCCGGGUUACAGCCAAAGACACACCAGCCAGAGUCACAGCUCCUCUCAGAGCGACUCUCGCCACGUAUCCCAGCAGCACGAGAUUGACGUCAGCAAGCUGAGCGAGACCUUGGACUACAGCAGCGUGGCCCUGAAAGUCUCCGACUACAUCAAGAACCAAGGCCUCCUUCAGGAGUACCUGGUGGAGGGUCCUUGGAGGACGAAUGUAAGAGCUGUCCAAGGCCCUCCCGGCCCACCGGGACCACCCGGAGCGCCCGGUUACAGCCGGGUAAUCGCGGCCUAUGGCAACGUCACGGCUGACCUCAUGGACUUCUUCAGAACUCACGGGACCAUCCCUGGUCCUCCAGGAGUCACCGGACCAAGAGGAGACAGAGGCUACCCGGGACCCAAGGGAGAUAAGGGUGAUGCCGGACGUCCGGGUUUACCAGGAAUUCCAGGGACGUACACGAUCCAAAUUCCACAUCGAGUACAGAGGAGGAACGCGGGAGGUAAAGUAAUCAAGCGGGAGCAGCAGGAAGGUCCAGCAGAUGGCGGCUGAAGCAUGGCUACCACUUUCUUCUUCUCUGUUCUCAACGGAAGGAAAAAAAAAACUUUAGUAAUGAUUUUAUCUUUAGCUUUGCUGCUGGCCGGUGUUUUGUUUUUUGGACAAACAUUUUUCCAUUGCUCAUGUGGAUGUUUAAUAUUUGCUUAAUUUUUUUGGAUGAAAAUAUUAUUAUAGUAGGAUUAAGCUUUAGACUGAAGCGUUUCAUUUUUUGAGUAUUCUACUGUAUUGAGGUCAAUGCGUUAAUUGCUGUUUCAUGAAAAUUAUAUUAUAAGCCACUUGCCACACAGGCCUCCAUGAUCUCUCCAAAAAGGAUUUAAAAUUACAUAAUAGAACAUAUUUAUGUUAGCAUUGUAGAAUUAGCAUUCACUCAGCCAUUGAUUGAUUGCUGUAUUUAGGACCGAUUAUUACUGUACUUGAAGAAAGAUUUGUAGAUUAAUAUUUAAAUGAAGCGAUAUUCCGCUUUAGGGCUGCAGACGAAGCUGAAGGAAUAACUGAUUAGAUUGUAUAUUUUUGUAUGAGAGAACACUGACUUUAUACCAUCACAUUUCUUUUUUGGAAAAGAUUAAAUUAUAAAUUGCU